AAUACCGCCGCAGUCUUUAUCUAGUAAAAUACUUCGAGUUUCUUUUAAAGUAUCUGUUGUGGGUGCUAUUAUUUACGUAGGUUACAAAUUCAUACCAAUGCCAUCGGUGCCGUCAUUUCAAUCAUUCAAGUCAUCGGUUCAGGGACUUUUUAAGGUCAGUGCUAAUCGAUAGGAAUCUACAGGAUACAUUUUUUUUUUUCAAUCGAAAAAUUUAACUUACUUAUAGGCAAUUAUUAUUAUUAUAAUUUUUAUUGUUAAUAGUAGGAUAAAAAUUAACGCACUUUAUUUAUACUUUAUCAACGAAAACGAUUUUUGUUUUUUUAAUUAUUUUUGUGCUGCUUUUCGCCCAAGUAUUUUAAGGCAGUCCUCGGUGUCUGGCUGUAAAAUAAACGCAUUCAAAAAAUAGCAGGGUAAAUAUUAUGGAGACUGGCACGGGCACCGGAAAAAUGGAUGAGUACGAGCAUCCAAUGCUCAAUGUUAUGUAUGUAUCAAAUAAUAUUCCAGGCAAAGGAAUUGAUAUUGACGAGUUCGAAUCAGAAUUCACAGUAGGCUGUACGUGCAAAUCUGAAUGCACAGAAAACUGUUAUUGUAUGAAAGAAGAAGUCAAUUAUAUUAAUAAUCUAUUCAACGAAGAUAAAUCGUCCAAAUUAAUAUUAGAGUGUAAUUCAAUGUGCUUAUGUUUAAAUAACUGUAAAAAUAGAUUAAUACAACAUGGACCGAUUGAUUGCUUAAAAAUAAUUCAUUCUGAAUUAAAAGGUCUGGGUUUGUCGACGUCGAAAGUUAUUGAAAAAAAUAAAUUUAUAUGCGAGUAUGCCGGCGAAAUUAUUGGUAUUGAUGAAGCUAAACGUAGAACUGAAGAUAAUAAGAUAAAUAAACAAAUGAAUUAUAUUUUAAUUGUUUCUGAGCAUAUUGGUAAUAAAAAAUUAACCACUUGUAUAGAUCCUAAAUAUUUUGGUAACAUUGGUCGCUAUUGCAAUCAUAGUUGCUCACCAAACGCUAAAUUAAUUCCUGUACGCGUUAAUAAUUUAAUUCCUCAUCUUUGUUUAUUUGCCAUAAAAGAUAUUCAAGUCGAUGAAGAAAUAACAUUCGAUUAUUCUGGCGAUGUCGAUACGUCUAUUAAAAAUAUCAGUGAAACGCCAUGUUUGUGUAAAUCUAGUAAUUGUAUUGGGUUUUUACCGCAUCAUUUAAUUUAAAUAAUAUUUUUAUUUUUUUCUGUUCACUUGUUAAUGCAUAAACUACACUUAAUUAAAUUUUUACUGUAAUUUAAGUAAAAUUAAUUUUUUUUAUUCAAAAUUUUAUAUGAAAUUAAACGUAUCGAUGUAACAAUAAAUAUUUGUUGAGGAUUUAUGAAUAAUUUAUUGUUAGUUAUUGCGAGCGAUUACAAUUUAUUGAAAGACAAAGAUAUUUUUAAAGUACAACAUUAUUUUUAUGUAUGUGUGUACAAAUUUGAUUUGUUAUUUAUUAUAAAUCAAACAGAAAUAUGUAUUAAAUUUAUAAACUACCUGAGUGUAAAGUAAUAGUUAAGUGUAUUUUAAAUGAAGAAGCAGUUAUUAGUGAACGUAUGUUAUAAAUUAUCAAGUAAUACAUGUAAAUGAAAAACGUUGCUACAAAAUGUUUUAUUCUGGCUUAAAAUAAAAUCAAUUCAACUAUUAAUACUGUUGAAUUUUUAUCAAAUAAAA